UUGUGGGUUUGUGAGUGUUUGGCCAGCAGCUGUUUUCACAGAUCUCACCUUACAACCCGUUCCUCGAGCCGACCAGGCGGGACAUUGUGAAAAGCUUCACCAGACGCGCUCCGGUGGGUGCUACGGUCGGGUGUGUGCUCACAGUGGUGCAGUGAAGCGUGUCAAAGGGUCUCCGAACAACGAUUCUCCGGUUUGAACAUAAGACAGCUUUAGGCACCCACCACCACCAUGCCUGGCCACGUCAAGAAGAGCACGGGCCCCGACCCCGACCCCUCCCAAUGGCUGUAUAUUUCGAAUGAGAUGAAGAUGAAGGACUCCACCAAACCCUACGAUCCCAAAAAGUCUUGCUGGGUGCCUGAUCCUAAUGAGGGGUAUGUCGAGGGUAUGAUUCAGGGCACCAAGGGUGAGAAAAUUACUGUGAUGGCAAACGGUGAAACCAAGGAGUAUAAGAAGGACCAGGUCCACCAGGUCAACCCACCGAAAUACGAGAAAUGCGAGGACAUGUCCAACCUGACCUACCUGAACGACCCCUCCGUCCUCUACAACCUGAAGGCUCGCUACGUCAACCAGCUCAUCUACACCUACUCCGGCCUCUUCUGUAUUGUCGUUAAUCCCUACAAGCGUUACCCCAUCUACACCAACCGAACUGUCAAGAUCUACCAGGGCAAGAGGCGUAAUGAAGUGCCACCCCAUCUGUUUGCCAUCUCUGACGGUGCCUACAGUGCUAUGAUGCAAGUGGGUGGAAACCAGUCGAUGUUGAUCACUGGUGAGUCCGGCGCCGGUAAAACUGAGAACACCAAGAAGGUACUCUCCUACUUCGCCAACGUUGGUUCCACCCCCAAGAAGGAAGGAGAGGAGUCCGGCGAAAAGAAGAAGAACUUGGAGGACCAGAUCGUGCAGACCAACCCUGUGCUGGAGGCCUUCGGUAACGCCAAGACCGUCCGUAACGACAACUCCUCCCGCUUCGGUAAAUUCAUCCGUAUUCACUUCCAACCCAAUGGCAAGCUGUCUGGUGGUGACAUUGAGGUCUACCUGCUGGAGAAGGCUCGUGUCAUCUCCCAGCAGACUCUUGAGCGAUCCUACCACAUCUUCUACGAGAUGAUGUCCGACCAGGUCCCUGAGAUCAAGCCAUCAUGUCUGUUGAGCAACGACAUCUACGACUACCACUACGUAUCUCAGGGCAAAGUCACCGUGCCUUCCAUUGACGACGGCGAGGACAUGCAGUUCUGUCACGAAGCCUUCGAUAUCUUGGGCUUCACAAAGACUGAAGUGGAAAAUGUCUACAAGAUCACCGCAACCGUCAUGCACAUGGGUGAAAUGAAGUUCAAGCAAAAGGGUCGUGAGGAGCAGGCUGAACCUGAUGGCACUGAGGCUGGACAGAAGGUCGCAACGCUUUUGGGUACAGACGUCAAUGAUAUCUACCUGGCCAUCACGAAGCCCAAGAUCAAGGUUGGCACUGAGUUUGUGUCUAAGGGUAUGAACGUUGACCAAUGUAACUACUCCGUCGGCGCCAUGGCUAAAGCCCUCUUUGAUCGCGUCUUCAAGUUCAUCGUUUCCAAGUGUAAUGAAACCCUUGCCACCGGUCUCAAGCGCGCUACCUUCAUCGGUGUGUUGGACAUUGCCGGCUUUGAGAUCUUUGAAUUCAACGGCUUCGAGCAGAUCUGCAUCAACUUCUGUAAUGAGAAGCUGCAGCAGUUCUUCAACCACCACAUGUUCGUGCUGGAGCAGGAGGAGUACAAGAAGGAGGGUAUCAACUGGGUCUUCGUGGACUUCGGCAUGGACCUGCAGGCCUGCAUUGAGCUCUUCGAAAAGAAAAUGGGUCUCCUGUCCAUCCUGGAAGAAGAGUCCAUGUUCCCUAAGGCCACAGACAAGUCUUUCGCUGAGAAGCUGAACGCAAACCACCUCGGCAAGACUCCUUGCUUCAUUAAACCUAAGCCUCCCAAGGCUGGUCAACCUGAGGCUCACUUCGCCAUUGUGCACUACGCCGGCACCGUGAGCUACAACUUAAGUGGAUGGCUUGAGAAAAACAAGGAUCCCCUCAAUGACACUUUGGUUGACCUGCUGAAGAAAUCUUCCAAUGAACUCGCGGUUCAUAUCUUCGCUGACCACCCUGGCCAGUCUGGUGGUGAAGACAAGAAGGGUGGACGUGGUGCUAAGUCGGGUUCCUUCAAGACUGUGUCAUCGUCUUACAGGGACCAGCUGGCCAACCUCAUGAAGACUCUGAACGCUACUCACCCUCACUUCAUCCGUUGCAUUGUGCCCAACGAGACCAAGUCCCCGGGUGUUAUCGAUGCCGGCUUGGUGAUGCAUCAGUUGACUUGCAACGGUGUGCUUGAGGGCAUCCGUAUCUGCCGCAAAGGCUUCCCCAACAGGAUUAUUUACCCUGACUUUAAGCACAGAUACAUGAUCUUGGCCCCGAAGGAAAUGCUUGAAGCUAAGACUGAUAAGACUAUGGCCCAAGCUUGCUUCACAAAAGCCGGUCUGGAGGAAGAGUCGUACAGGCUGGGUAACACCAAGGUGUUCUUCCGCGCCGGUAUCCUGGGUAGGAUGGAAGAGCUGCGUGACGACCGCAUCUCCCUGCUCAUUUCCUGGCUUCAGUCUGCUAUCCGUGGAUACAUCUGCCGCAAGAGGUACGAAAAGCUCCAGAAGCAACGUGUCUGCCUGCUGGUAGUCCAGCGCAACAUCAGGAAGUACAUGAAGAUGCGCAACUGGAAAUGGUACGGCAUGUGGGUUGUUCUCAAGCCAACCCUUCAUGUUGUCAGCGUUGAGGAUGAGCUCCGAGCCCUUGAGGAGAAAGCCGAAAAGGCUGAAAAGGAGUAUCAGAAGAUGAUCAAGAAGCAUGCAGAACUCAAGAAGGUUCACGAUGGUCUCACUGACGAAAAGAAUGAGAUUGUGUCCGCACUCUCUUCUUCCAAGGGUGGAGCACAAGACUUUAUCGAUAAGAUUAACAAGCUCCAGGCCCAAAAGAAUGAACUCGAGGCCCAGUUCAAUGAAGCUUCGAAACGCCUGCGUAAUGAGGAGGAUGCUCGAAACAAGCUGCAACAGGGAAGUAAGAAAACUGAACAAGAGGUUGAUGGUCUAAGGAAGGACAUGGAGGAUUUGGAACAAGGAAUUCAGAAGGCAGAGCAGGAUAGGGCUACAAAGGAUCAGCAAAUACACAAUAUGAAUGAAGAGAUCGCCCACCAAGAGGAACUCAUUAAUAAGAUUAACAAGGAAAAGAAGCACCUGCAAGAAUGCACGCAGAAGACUUCUGAGGAUCUCCAGAAUCUCGAAGACAAGUGCAACCACUUCAUUAACGUUAAGGCAAAACUAGAGCAGAACUUGGAUGAGCUUGAGGACACUUUGGAACGCGAGAAAAAGCUUCGCAAUGACGUGGAAAAGACAAAGAGGAAGGUUGAAGGUGAUCUGAAGCUUUCACAAGAAGCUGUUGCUGAUCUGGAGCGAAACCAGAAGGAAAUUGAAGCAACUAUCCUCCGCAAGGAAAAGGAACACUCAGCACUGGUUAGCAAAAUCGAAGAAGAACAGGCCCAGUAUUCAAAGAUGCAAAGGCAAAUCAAAGAACAGCAAACCCGAGUGGAGGAUCUUGAGCAUGAAGCCGAGCACGAACGCCUGGCCCGCGCUAAGGCUGAGAAGGGAAAGACUACUUUGGCUCAGGAACUCUCGGAACUUGCAGAUCAACUGGAUGAAGCUGGAGGAGCCACCGCUGCCCAGAUUGAACUGAAUAAGAAGCGUGAGGCUGAAUUGGCCAAGCUCCGCCGUGACCUUGAAGAGAUCAACAUUCAGCACGAAGCCGCUCUUUCUCAACUCCGCAAGAAGCAUAACGAUACCAUCAAUGAAAUGUCCGAACAGAUUGAUCACUUGAAUAAGAUGAAGGCCAGGAUGGAAAAGGAUAAGGACACACUGAAGCGUGAAGCCGAGGACGCCAAGGCAGCUCUCGACUCUCUCGUUCACGAAAAGGCAGCUGCUGAGAAGACCGCUAAGCAGAUCCAACAGCAAAUCUCAGAAUCCACGGCCAAGCUGGAUGAGUUGAACCGCACUCUUAAUGACUUCGACUCAACUAAGAAGAAGUACUUGGCAGAGAACAACGACCUCCAGAGGCAGAUCGAGGAGGCUGAGAACCAGAUCGGUCAACUGUCGAAGCUGAAGCUGUCUCUGACCAACCAGCUGGAGGACCACAGGAAGCUAGCUGACGAAGAAAGCCGUGACCGUGCUACUCUGCUGGGUAAGUGUCGCAACCUUGAGCACGACAUUGAGGGUCUCCGUGAGCAGCUGGAGAUUGAGAGUGAAGGCAAGGGUGAUGUCCAGCGGAUGUUGUCAAAGGCCAGUGCUGAAGCUCAGAUGUGGCGCUCCAAGUACGAGAACGAAGGCGUAGCCCGAGUUGAAGAAAUUGAAGCUUCCCGUAUGAAGCUUGCCGCUCGCCUGGACGAGGCCGAAUCUCAGAUUGAGCAACUGAAUAUCAAGAACGUCAGCCUAGAGAAGGCCAAGCAACGCCUGCUUAGUGACAUUGAAGAGACUCAGAUUGCUGCUGAACGUGCGAAAACAUUGGCUGACUCGGCUGAAAAGAAACAGAAACACUUUGAUCGCAUUCUUUCUGAAUGGAAACUCAAGGUUGAUGAUCUCGCCUCGAAUCUUGAUUCAUCCCAAAAGGAAUGCCGUAACUAUUCUACUGAGGUAUUCCGCGUUAAGGCAGCAUAUGAAGAGAACCUGGAGCAGUUGGACUCAAUCCGUAGAGAAAACAAGAACCUCAAUGAUGAAAUUAAGGACCUUGUUGACCAGAUUGGUGAGGGAGGCCGUGCCUACCACGAAAUUGAAAAGCAAGUUAAGCGCCUAGAUAUCGAAAAGGAGGAACUUCAGGCUGCUCUGGAGGAAGCCGAGGCUGCCCUGGAACAGGAGGAGAACAAGGUUCUUCGCGGCCAGCUGGAACUCAGCCAAGUCAGACAGGAGAUCGACCGCCGCAUCCAGGAGAAGGAAGAAGAGUUCGAAAACACAAGGAAGUGCCACCAGCAAGCAAUGGACUCCAUGCAAGCAACUAUCGAAGCUGAAUCCAAGGCUAAGGCCGAAGCUCUUCGCCAGAAGAAGAAGCUUGAGUCUGACAUCAAUGAACUGGAAAUCUCUCUUGACCAUUCGAGUAAGGCCCACUCUGACCUGCAGAAGACCUUCAAGAAGCUCCAGAUGGAGUAUAAGGAUAUGGAGCUUAAGGUGGAGGAGCAGCAUCGCAUUGCAUCUGAGUUCCGUGACCAGUACAACAUGGCAGAGCGCCGUGGCAAUGCACUGCAGGGAGAGCUGGAAGAGUCUCGCUCUCUUCUGGAACAGUCUGACCGCGGCCGUCGUCAAGCUGAAUCAGAUCUUGCUGAUGCUAAUAGUCAUCUAAAUGAGCUGACCUCACAGUGUGGUGACAUGUCGCUGGCUAAGAGGAAAGUGGAAGGAGAAAUCCAAACCCUGCAGACUGACCUGGACGAGAUGCUAAGCGAAGCUAAGAACUCCGAGGAGAAGGCCAAGAAGGCCAUGGUGGACGCCGCACGUCUGGCCGAUGAGCUCCGCUCCGAGCAGGAGCAUGCCCAGAACCAGGAGAAGAUGCGCAAGGGUCUGGAGGUUUCCCUCAAGGAGCUUCAAGCAAGGCUUGAAGAAAGUGAGCUUAAUGCUCAGAAGGCCAUCAAGAAUGCUGUUGCCAAACUGGAAGGCCGUGUCCGCGACCUGGAGGUUAAUCUCUCUGAAGAGUCCCGCCAUUAUUCCGAUGCCCAGAAGAACCUGAGGAAGUGCGAGAGGCGCAUCAAGGAGCUCACCUUCCAGGCAGAAGAAGACAAGAAGAACCAAGAGAAGAUGCAGGACCUUGUUGACAAGCUGGGGCAGAAGAUGAAGACCUACAAGAGGCAGAUCGAGGAGGCCGAAGAAAUCGCCGCUCUCAAUCUGGCCAAGUUCCGCAAGGCCCAGCAGGAGCUCGAGGAAAAUUCUGCUUAAAAUCGCUGCACGUGGUAAUAAGUCAUUCCGUUAAUGUUCAUCAAUACCACCACAAACAAAAGCACGAUCAAGCCGUUUCGGGGAUUAUCCAAUUAGCAUUGUCCAAUUUUAUGACUUCCAUAAGAUUUUCUCGAAAUUUAGCCCAUUUAGCAUGCAGAUAUGAUCAAUACAUAAAUUGAACGGCUCGCAACUAAAAUCUGUGUAACUUGUGACAGCUAAGUUGAAUUUUUAUCAUUGGUAUAUCAGUUAUCUUUAUAUAAUUGUUUAUACUAUUUUCUUUUAAUAUUUUCAUUAUAAUAAUUAUAAUAAUGAUAAAAACAACCAACAUCACUACUACCAGAGACUAGUUAUGACGAUGAAGUAUACUUGGCCUGGCGCUAAACUGGGCAAUAUAUUCGUGAGGAUGUUUUAAAUAAAUAUUCUCCCAUAACA